UCAGUAGGAUAGUGAGAGAGGGUUUCACAGUGAAAAGUACUAGGUGCUUCAGGCAGACAGGCUGUUUAGCAUCAGUAGCCCACAUCCCAACAAGGAGUUAGAUGGCUUAGAAGCCAUGGCUUUACCACAGUAAGGGAUGAACUGUUUGUGUCAGUGACUAGCAGAAAAGGCCUUUGGCAAGGGACGUUGGCAGAAAAUUUCUUUUCAGAAAAGGGCAGAGGAGUGCAGCCGGACUGUCAAGCAGACAGGUGUGGAGUGAGCUCCCAGUGGGGGUGACGUGGAGGAAGGCAAGUUGGAGUGAAAAGGAUAAAGGAGGAGUCAAACACAUUCUGCCAGCACUCCAUUCUAUUCCUCCGAUGGCUUUCUGACUGGAUUAUGGAACUGACACCACUUUUGGUAAUAUUCCUUCAGACUGGAGUUGUGUUUGCUGGCAGUCACUCCUAUAGCUAUUUCUACACGGGGAACUCUGAUGGAGGACAGGGCCAUCCUCACUUCACAGCCGCUGCCUAUUUAGACGACUUUCCUAUUGGUGUUUACACAAGUGAAACAAAGACGUUUCAGAUCAAAACCAAAUGGAUAGAAGAGAAAGCGGACCCUGCUCUGUGGAAGAACUACACCAACAUAUUCCAGCGUUGGGAGACAGAUUUCAGACAAGGAGUCAAGAAAAUGAUGGAGCACUUUAACCAAACUGAAGGUUUCCAUUCACUUCAGUGGAUGUAUGGCUGUGAACUGGAUGAUGAUGGUGGCAUAAGAGCAUAUGAUCUGGAUGGGUAUGACGGGAAAGAAUUCAUGGCCUUGGAUUUAGACAGAGUUAUUCAUAUUUCCUCUCGCCCUGAGACUGAGGCCAUUGCCCAUAAAUGGAACACUGAGACCAUUGAGGCUGAGAAAAUGAAGACUUACCUGGAAGUUCAAUGCAUUGAAACUCUGAAGAAAUACAUUAGUUAUGGAAAGGAGCACCUAGAAAGAAAAGUUACACCACAGGUGAAGGUCUUUCAUCAGCAGUCUGCAGGUUUUAUAAAGCUUCACUGCCAGGUGUAUGGAUUUUUCCCCCAAGCUAUUAAAGUUAAGUGGCUUAGAAGCGAAGAAGAAAAGGUGCAGCCAUUUGAGGUCCUGCAAAUUCUCCCCAACACUGAUUUCACCUAUCAGACCCGCGUGACAAUCACGGUGGCACCUGAGGAGAUGGAUACCUACUUCUGCCACGUCGAACAUAGCAGUCUGGAGAAACCACAUAUUGUGGUUUGGGAGCCCAGCCGGAACAACCUUUUGUACAUGUCGCUUGGUGCUAGCAGCGUACUGCUUCUCAUUCUCACCUUUGUCAUGGGACUGUGGUUGGGUCGGAGAAGGCCAGCAAACAGAACUUCCACUUAUUCUCUAACCCCAGCUAUGGACGGAGAUCAACCCACACCAUCCUCUGCUGUUUGAGUAAAAUGCGUUACAUGCCAUGAGCCGUACUAAACCUACAAGCUGAAACCUGCACAAACUGCUCUACUCUACUUUGUAGAACAGGAAGGACAAUGAAAUGCAGCUAAAGAUGGAAGGAUUCUUCCAAACUAGGAAUGCAUGGAUAACAGUUGGCAACUUGACAAGAGCAGGGAAAAGGAACAACAAACAGCUCACAGGAGGGAUGUCCUAUAUUACCCACCCUUGAGGAGCUCUGCUUACUAACUCUGGCACAAACACAUCUAACCUGUUUGUGUAACUAUCCAUGGUACGGACUUUAUGUAUAUUACGAUGUGAACUCAUCUUUUCGGGUGUUUGGAUUCCUAUAUUUAUGGACUAAAUUAUUUAGAUGACCCGACCAGUAAGAACAUUUUAUACUUUUGUGUUAUGUAUUUUUUGUAAAUAAAUUCUAGGUCAAUCAAAUUUGACAUUAAAUGGA